GUAGACGUAAAAAAAAAUAGAUCCACGGCUUAGAUUUGCAGUAAACAUCAUGCUUUGCAGCCUUUCAAUGUCGUCAAUGACGCAACAUUCUUCUCAUUAACUUAAGUAACUCAGAAAGAUUGCUCUUGUACUUGCCAAAUUUGAUGGCAAAAUUACGUUUGCUCGUACGAUCUCUGCAACAAGGGGGAAAAUAUCUGUUUUCAAAAGAAUGUUUGCUAUACACUAAUACAGCAUUAAGCUGUACGACUUCUGUUCUGGGAGAUCUGAUGCAACAGAAUUAUCAGCGUUUGAAAAAUGAUAAUACAAGAACCUGGAGCCCUACAAGAACUUUGAAGAUGGCCAUAACUGGCUUAGUUUUUGGACCCACUGUUCAUUAUUGGUAUAUUUUUUUGAAUAAUAAAUUUCCUGGCCGUAGCACAAAAGCUAUAGUACAAAAGGUUCUUUUGGAUCAGUUCAUUUUCUCACCAGUGUGUGUAACCAUUUUCCUGGUAACCGUUGGAAUUUGUGAAGGUCGAAGUCUUGAUCAGUUGAAAAAUGAUUUCAAAGACACAGGAACUCUCAUGUUUUGUACAGACUUAUUGCUGUGGGUACCUGCUCAAAUUAUCAACUUUUAUUUCCUGUCACCGAAGUACCGUGUUUUGUAUGAUAACAGUGUAUCUCUCGUGGCUGAAAUGAUUUAUUCAUAUUUAAGAUUUGAUCAUCGUUAUGCAGAGGAUAAAUAAAAAAAAUGAUGGUUCCCUGAUGUUUAGUAUGAUAUUUUAAGCAGAUUCUGAAAAUUUUCUAUUUUUAUAUUAUCAGAAUUAUAGGAUGAAGCGAAUGCAAUUAUAAAAAUUUUAAAGGACAUUUACAUAUUUUGACUUGUGAAUAAUGCAUUUAUCCAUUAUAUGUCAUUAAUAAAACUAGCCUUCAUACUACUGUCUUUUAGUUGUGUACUUC